AUCAUCGUUCGAGUUUUUUUCUGUGGAGAUUACCAGGGUCCCUCUCCUCCCGGACCGAACCCGCCCAGCUCCUCGGUCGCGGCUCCUGCCUCCUCCGCGCAAUAUGACGGGCGCUCGCGCAAGCCACCCGCCUUUGCACUCCCCCGCGCGGGAAACGGAAGCUUGGCUCCCCCUCUCCCUCCGUGACACUCUUAGCUCCCAAAACCCAAACCCUAGCUCUGAUCCCCGCGAUUCCCCAUUUAAUUUCUCGUACACAUGGGCGGAUCUGCUGAUCCCGAGGCACCAACGCCGUCCCCGUACCCGUCCCCGUCCCCGGUGAAGCCUUCGCCCUCGUCGGCGGACGCAAAGCGGCUGAGGCGAUGCGUGCAGUCGAAGCUGUCGUGGGGGCUGGUCAAACCGGCCGGUGGCGGCUGCGGAGGAGUUGAUGGUGGUGGCGGCGGCGGUGGAGCAGGAGGAGGAGCAGAGGCUGUUCCUCCCGUGCCUGCAGCCGAGGAGGCGGCGGGGGAGGGCAGGGAGGAGCCGGAGAACGGGAAGAAGCGGGGACGGCCGCGGAAAUCAGAUGCCAGCUGGAAGCCCUCUUCAAACAAAGAGACAGCUGGCCUGGAUCAAGCAAGCAAGGAUGAAGUCAUUUUGGUUGAUGAGAGCCCUCAGAAAAAGCAACAGAAAGGCAGAAAGCAAGAUGCAACACUGAAGGUGCCUAACAGAAGACGCUGCAAGGCAUUGGAGUCUCCUGAUGGUCCUGGAAGCUGUCAGCAACUACGUAUCAGCCAGAUUGAAGCUGUCUUACCUGAAGCAGCACCAGUAUUGAUUGAUGUUGAUUUGAUGAGCAUGCCUUCUGAAGUAAGACAUGCUAAUGAUAAUGUUGAUGUGCUAGCCAAUCAAGAUAAGUCACAGUUGAUAGUUGACCUAAGGUCAGAGGCGAAGAUGGCUGCAGAGGGAAAUCGGAAGUUAUCAUCUGGAAAGAAAAUGCACCCCUUCUUUGCUUCUCGGAAAAUGAACAAAUGUGCUGACCAAGAUGUUAUCAAUAUUGAAGAUAUGCACAGUCUUUGUGAUUUUGAGAGGGAUCCACCAUUCCAUCCUAUCCAUGUUGUGCAAUUAGAGGCCAGUAUGCCGAUUCACUGGAGCAAUUGGAUAAUCACUGAUGGGUCUUCUCUUGACAUCGAUACUGCCAUUCCUGUUCAAAACUCUGUCUCAUUCUUUGAGGGCUUGGUUAAACCAUUGACAAUAGAAACUAAUUGCAAGAGGAUUUGUUCAAAUCAGUUGGCAGAGUCGACUAUUGCUGGGUGUACAACUUCAGGAAUGGGUUUCCCUAGUUUUUCAGACAAGCAAAGUGUACACAUCUGUCCUUCGGAUGUGAUCGAUGUGGACAAUUUUUGCUUGUUGGCGUCCGAUACCAAUUGCCAAGCUUCUCUUCUUGAUAGCAAACACCCGGAAAGGAUACUGCAUGGAAGGCCAGAAAUUUCUGAGAAUGGCUCUCAGCCUGCUUAUUACCUAUGGACCGACAAGUACCGACCUGAAACUGCGGCCCAGGUAUGUGGAAAUAGUGAACGUGUAAAGUUUCUCACGGAAUGGCUCAAAGGUUGGGAUGAAAGAGGCCACAAGAUUGGAGUUGCUAAUGGGGAUACUAAUGAUAGCUCGUAUCAAGAUGAAUCUGAUGCAGAUUACUCAGAUGAUGCUUCUGAUUGUGAAAACGUGCUUCUAAUCAGUGGACCAGUUGGGUGUGGAAAAUCAGCUGCAGUUUUUGCAUGUGCUAGAGAACAAGGCUUCAAUGUAAUAGAGGUAAAUACAUCUGACAUGAGAAAUGGGGCAUAUGUAAGACAAAAGUUUGAGGAAGCAACUAAAUCACAUGGCCUUGAAAAAUGGUCACAAGAGGAGGUUAUCAAUCCACCAAGGGAUGAUUCCUUGGAUCCUGUAUCAGGGACUCCUGAUAGCAGUGAAUACCAACAUUCGAUGUCCUGUGCUACAAGAGUAUCAUCUGACUGUGAUCAACAGAAAUCACCUGGAGCAUACUGCUCAAGUUCUAAGGUGAAUGAUGAAGCUCCUAAACAAGUCGUUAACAAGACACUCAUCUUAUUUGAGGAUGUGGAUACUGUCUUCGAUGAGGAUCGUGGGUUUAUUUCGACCAUACUUAAGAUGGCUGAGACUACAAAAUGGCCAAUAAUACUGACUAGCAACAGGAAGGAUCCUUCUUUGCCUAAUCUCUUGGAUCAGCUUGUUUUGGAUUUCAAAUACCCAUCGACCUCAGAGCUACUUUCACAUGUUGACAUGAUCUGUAAGUUUGAGGGAGUGAACGUCACUGUUCCUCAAUUAAAGCAUGUAAUUGAUAUUUGUUUAGGUGAUAUUAGGAGGACAAUGAUGCUUCUGCAGUUUUGGUACCAAGGAAACCAGCAAUUCACAGAGAUGCCAAAUGAUCAUUUUUCUGGUCCUUUCUCACUCGAUUUAGAUGCAAUACAUUCUACCAUACCAAAAAUGUUGCCUUGGGAGUUCCCUUGUAAAUUAUCAGAAACAGUAUGCAUGGAGGUAGACAAAACAAUCCUUUUAGCUGAAGAAAAGAAAAAACAGAUGGAAGUGUCAGAGCUUGAAGGCCUCCAGUUACAAUUAACAACACCUUUGAUUAACAGAAGAAACACAGCUAAAACAAGAAAGGCUAAGAGAUCCAAAUUGAAGCGUGGCCGCUUGGCUGAGUGUGAUGAUAUUUCACCUUGUAAAAAUGAGCUUGAUGAUUUCCAUGAUCUUCCAGAUAUCCCUCUUCUGUCUAAUCAACAAAGAAAGAUAAAUAGGCAUGGUUCGCUGCUACUAUCUGAGUCUGAUGAUGAUCCAUCUAAUGUACAUACUGGAAAAGCUGACAUAUUUACUGUUACAGAAGGUAGUUUUUUCCCACAAUCUUCAGAGGUGCCUCAUAUACAUGGGCAAGGGAUUCCCAAUCAAUUCCCUUUUCCUAUUGAAUCAAUGGAGACCUUUGGAAUCACUGAUUCUUUCCAAAAGCCACUUGAAAGCAACAUGACCGGGUCCAUUUUACAAGUUUGUGAUACAUUUAUGUCACAGGGUGUGUCAUGUGUGCCUGAGUCAUCCUUAACCGUGGGGGGCACAUCUGCAUCCAUAAGUGGUGAUGAACUUUUGUCAAGGGCAGUGUCCAAUGAUUUGUCUGCCUUUUAUAAUGGCGGUACUUACACUUUGUCCAGAAUGGUACUAGAAGACACUGACAAUGUGAAGAAUCUAAUGGCUGAACAACAGAAAGGCGUGGAAGAUGUAGUUGGUGAAACAAGUGAGGCUUAUGUGGAAUUGUUUGGCAGGAAUGAACAAGCAAGUUGUUCAACUGCUGAGUAUCAAUUGAUGGAUGAAUGUAGUCGUGCUGAAAGCAUAUGGCUGCUUUCUGGCAAAAAGGCUAAUGAAACCUGCAAGGUUGAACAAGUACAGGAUACUUGGAACAGGCUACGAAGUUGCUGUCCUGAACUUCGCCGUGAGACUAACCACAACAGAGCAGCUUCUGGAGCUUUGAAGCUUGCUUCCGAAGUGUCUGAUUUGAUAUCAGAAUCAGAUCUUAUGCUCUCCCGUUGCUACCCUCUUACUAAUGACAUGUUGGAUCCAUCUUCAACUCCUUGUGCUGAGCCAGAUGACUUCUCCUGGUACAACAAUCAGGUUGAGAUGGGAUCUGUUUAUGCUCAGCAUGCUCUUUGCAUUUUUUCAAGGAAAUCCCAAGAAAUAGAUGAUGGUUCUGUUGAUUUGUCACAAGAUUUGUUGUUUGCCAGUACAACUGCCAUGUCUCUUGGUAAAAUUAUUAGUUCGGGCCUUAGGUACAAUGAAGGAUCUGCGAACACUUCCCAAACGAAAAAUCCAACUACUAGUAUUUCUAAAAGAAGGGAGCGGCAAGUUCAUCUGUGUGAAACCCUGUCUCCAGUAGUUCCUUCAAAGCUGUUGCAGUCACUGAGAGGCCUUGCUUUUGUUGAUUAUUUGUCUUCAAUCAGUCAGAUUUCCCGAUUAGAAAACUUGCGACUUUCUGAAAGUAAAGCUAUAAGCAAGCAAAGAAGGUCUCGUCGUCAGUCGAGACAUUACUUGAGUUCAGGUGCACUUUCAUUGUCACCUGAGGAUGUUGUAUUAUUAGCAGAAAGCGGCUGUUUCAGCGACAGACGCGAGAAGGUUAUAGAGCAAGCUCCAGGGAGUACUUAAGUUAAUAAGCUGGUGCAGACGGUGAGCGGCGACAUUUUUUAGAGGCGAUAGGAUGAUGGGUUGGUCAAGAUGACCCAUUUUUUUUCGUUUUCGCAAUUCGUAGCCCAGGGGUGGAGUUCGGACCAGAAUGGGCGUGUAGCUGAUCGUUCCAUUGUAUCGCUUUGUAUAAUGUAAAUGCUUGUUGUCAUCGUAAUUUAUCCCAUGGAACCUUUCAGCCUAUUAUUACAUGAUUAUAACAAAUGUACACUGGGCACUGGUUGAAUUAUGGUUUGUAAAAACUAUUCGUCUCAAUUUAACAAAAUAAAUUUAGAUUAAUUUUUAUCUA